AAAGAAAUAGGGCUAUUGUCCGGGAUUACACCCUGGUGAAAACUUUUUUUGCAUUUUCUCUGGCGCCCGAGAAUAGUGAUUAAUGCACAGCCAAUUUGGCUUGAUUCGACCAAGCUUGGAACAACAUCUAUAAAUUCCACCGUACCUACUAUUUCCUCCGUAUCGUUUCCCCAAAUCUUCCCAUCGCACAUCGCUCCACCAUUCUCAACAUGUCCUCGAACCCCAUGGCUGCCGUCACCAACCGGUCUCUCCGGAAUGUCAUAUCUGAGCUCGAAUUCCUCGCAGACACAAACGUAAUCUCCGAGGCUGCCUUCCGUACCAUCAUCGAGCAGCUCCCGGCGGCAGGAGCAUCAAGCAUCUCUGCCGCCACCCUCUCCCCAUCAACCCCCGCCCCUGGCCCAGUUCCACACACCAGUACUCCUGCAAUCCCCCACCCGACCUUCUCCCCGCCCCCCUCAACCAAGACUCCCCUCUCAGAAAAGUACCUCCCAAUCGCAACCCAGGCGCCCCCGUCACCACCCGCACCGCCAAGCUACACACCCACAGCGCUCGUUCUAUCGCUAGCAAACGCGGAAUGGGCCUUCACCGGGACUGAGAAGGGAGACCUAUCCUUCAAGGCCGGCGACACCAUUGAAGUGUUGGAGAAGAUCAAGGAUGAUUGGUGGAAGGGCAGGGUUGCGGGCGGAAAUGGUGAAAUCGGGUUGUUCCCAUCUAGCUAUGUUAAGGAGACACGUGUGCUCGCUGGGAGGGAGAAGCCCCCCCUACCGAGCUUGCCGCCAAGGGCCGGGGGUAGUGGAUAUGGGUCUGGAGGGAACAUGAUGACGGAUAUUGCGCACGGGAAUAGUGGACAGCAGCAGCAAGAGGGGGGAGGGGGCGUUGUUGGGAAGAAUGGGGAGAAGUUUGGAAAGAAGUUGGGGAAUGCCGCGAUUUUUGGCGCUGGCGCUACGAUCGGAACCAAAAUCGUCAAUGGAAUCUUUUAGGUGUUGUUAUUCUCAUCACCACUAGCUAAUGUUCUACCUGUUCACCUUUUUUCUGACUUUUCCUUCCUCCCCCAUUUUCGUCUAUUCCUUUGUUCCUGCUACCCCAGUUAUCGCAUGUUGCAAGAUUAAACGAUGGAUAAUCUACUGUACCAUCCAGUUCUCCGUUCAGUA